AUGCCUAAAAAUUGCGACGAUGAUGUUUCUUCUAUGGUUGGACAGGGAGAAGUAAUUGAUCGCGGCUCGGAGCUCUAUACACAUGGGAGCUAUACCUCCGUUCUUAAUCAUAUGUGGAAACUACAAGACCGAAUGUGUCGGCAUGAGAGUCCAAACGAGAAUGAAGAGAGCCUGCGAAGAUUGUAUUCCGAAGUUCUGCAGGCGGACCAGGAACUCAGAAUGCUGAUCAGCAAAUUACCAUCAUUCCUCAAAGAUGAAACGGUGCCCCCUCAGAGCUUUUCCGUGCAAAUUGAGCAGCAAACGGGUCUACUGUACCUUGGAAUCGCACACAAAGUCUCAUGCCUCCCUAUAAUGCGCCGACAUCUCACAUCAUUUCUAUCACUGCCUAAAACCACCCACACCCACAUCGUGACCAAUUUAUGGACAGCCAAUACCCAAGUCCUAACCGCAGCCCUGUGGUUACUGUUUGAACUAAUCUUCUCAAGGGAAGAAAGCGCACAAAUUUACGAGGCCAAAGAAAUUAGAGAGUUGGCCUCUAGAAGCCUCGGCUUUCUAAGGGAAAAUCAACACAAAAGCCGAAUAGCCAAGAGGGGAGUUACACUCAUUGAAUCUCUUUUGGAAAUUGAUCAAGCAAUCACGGCAGGAGCUCGAAAAGAGUUCUCAUUACGAGAUAUCAUAUCACGAGUGAUCAAUAGUGACAUGCACACUCGGCCAGGUCUAUCGUCCGAGGCUCUUAACACAGCGCCGCUAGAUUUGAUUUCUGUUGAUGGGUUAUCUUGGGAGGAUCUUAUGAAUGCAUUUAUAGAAGUUUAA